ACUGGAUAGCCCGGUUGCGUAAAUAGUCGUUGAUUCGAUCGACACAUGAUAGAUAUCAUUAACUAGUUAAAUACACAUCAUUCACACCUCAGCAUAUUUGCACAAUCACUACUUAUAAAUUAAUAAUUUUAUUUUUUACCUUCAAGUAACUUUUUCCAAUCGGCGAUUGUCAUUAAAAUAAUUCAAAAUGCGCGAAUGUAUUUCCGUGCACGUUGGUCAGGCUGGAGUCCAGAUUGGUAACUCUUGCUGGGAACUAUACUGCUUAGAGCAUGGCAUUCAACCAGAUGGUCAAAUGCCAUCCGAUAAGUCUGUAGGCAGUGGCGAUGACAGCUUUAACACAUUUUUCAGUGAAACAGGCUCUGGAAAACACGUGCCGAGAGCUGUGUUUAUCGAUUUAGAAUCGACUGUCGUUGAUGAAGUGCGAACCGGAACCUAUCGGCAACUAUUCCACCCGGAACAGUUAAUCACUGGUAAGGAAGAUGCUGCAAAUAAUUAUGCGCGAGGUCAUUACACAAUCGGAAAAGAAAUCGUAGACGUUGUACUGGAUAGGAUCCGAAAGCUAGCCGAUCAGUGCACUGGCCUGCAAGGAUUUUUGAUAUUCCACUCAUUUGGAGGUGGCACCGGUUCUGGAUUUGCGUCUUUGCUUAUGGAACGCUUGAGUGUCGACUAUGGAAAAAAGAGUAAACUUGAAUUCGCCAUUUAUCCUGCUCCACAGGUGUCUACGGCGGUAGUGGAACCAUACAACUCUAUUCUAACCACACACACUACGUUAGAACAUUCGGAUUGUGCGUUUAUGGUAGAUAACGAAGCCAUCUAUGACAUUUGCCGCCGAAACCUCGACAUCGAACGUCCUACGUAUACUAACCUAAACAGAUUGAUAGGCCAAAUCGUAUCGUCCAUAACAGCGUCAUUGCGAUUCGACGGUGCCCUCAACGUGGAUCUUACUGAAUUUCAAACCAAUCUUGUGCCUUACCCUCGCAUACACUUUCCGUUAGUCACCUAUGCGCCGGUUAUUUCGGCUGAGAAAGCUUACCAUGAGCAACUAUCUGUUGGUGAAAUAACCAAUGCUUGUUUUGAACCAGCAAAUCAGAUGGUCAAGUGUGACCCCAGACUCGGAAAGUAUAUGGCGUGUUGUAUGUUGUAUAGGGGAGACGUUGUGCCUAAAGACGUCAAUGCAGCAAUAGCGGCCAUCAAGACUAAGCGCUCUAUUCAAUUUGUGGACUGGUGUCCGACAGGCUUUAAAGUAGGAAUCAACUAUCAACCACCUACUGUGGUACCGGGUGGUGACCUGGCAAAAGUACAUAGAGCCGUUUGCAUGUUGUCUAACACAACGGCCAUCGCGGAAGCUUGGGCCCGUUUGGAUCAUAAAUUUGAUCUCAUGUACGCAAAAAGGGCCUUUGUACAUUGGUAUGUCGGUGAAGGAAUGGAAGAAGGCGAGUUCUCCGAAGCCCGAGAAGAUUUAGCAGCGUUAGAAAAGGAUUAUGAGGAAGUAGGUAUGGACUCGGUCGACGGUGAAGCCGAAGAGGGAGAAGAUUUUUAGUCAGAAUUAUUUUAAUAUUAAUAAUUUGAACCAUUUAUAUAAUCGUAUUAUAUUAAUACUCGAACACUUUAUUAUUUUUAUUUGAUACAAAGUUUAUUUUUAUUAGAAUAUUUAUAAUUUUACUGUUUUGUUAAUAGUAGUAGCAAAAUAAUAUUUAUAAUAGUGCUAUUUUUUAUAACGUAAUUUGGAAAAAAACUAAUAGUGUAUUUUUUUCAUUUGAAAUUAUUUAGUUUGUUUAAUUUUGUUUAGUACUACUUGUUUUUUAAUUGUUAUCAAGCAUAUUUUUUUUUCUUUAAAAAUUUUAAUUCAUCUAACUUGUAUACAUUUAAUCUACUAUCCAUA